AUGGGAGAUAAAGGUAGAUGGUGUGCACAAUGUGCUGGCAUCAAACCUUGUGGUCUUGAAGCUUGUAAGGAGAUUGCAUACAGUAAAGGCGGUGUAUAUCUUUCUCCUGAAUAUAAAAAUAUUAAUGGUUUAAUGCAAUGGGAAUGUAAUAAAGGCCAUAAAUGGUUUGCUAGUUUUAAUGGAUUAGAACUCGAUAUUUAUUAUCCACAGUAUGGAUUUGCAAUAGAGGUACAGGGUAAACAACAUGAGCAAUACAUAAAGCACUUUCACAAAAAUGAGGAAGACUUUAAGAAGCAAUUAAUGCGUGAUCAGAUCAAGAGAGAACUAUGCGAUGAAAACUGGUUCGUUCUUAUAGAGAUAUGGUAUUACGAAGAUCCGCAUAUAUUGACUAGCGAAAUUGAAAAAAAUUGUGUAAUUGUCUCUUUACCAUUUUUGGAAGCUCAUAACAACGCCCAUAAGAAAAAGAAUGCCUUUGCCAAAAUUGACUCAAAUGAACUGAGGCUGUGGAAGGUGGAUAUUCCUAUCGGUAUUAAAAACAAAAACACGAAAAUAUUUGCCGAAAACAUUAAUAAUUAUAAAGGUGUAGAGUUGCUCCCAAACGCUACUAUAGAAACAGUUUUUCACAAAGAAUCUGAAAAUACUAAAUUUUUUAACAUCCGCAUCAUCGCGCAACCUCCUGUCACCGCUGGAACUUCUGGAUCACUUUCCACCCCAAUGAAGCGACCGGAUGAAUCUCAAUUUUAUAACCGUGAACAUGUUACUUCUCAUGAGGAAGAAUUUUGGAAUGAACUUUCUGACGCGUAUAUUGUCCUUAAACUACCAGAUAGUAUUGAUAAAACUAUGUUCGUGUCUGGACCAUUAUCCGAAUACAUAAGCGUUAAAGGGAACGAAAUUGUGUUGAGUAACUGUGUAAUGUUAAAUGCACAAAAUGAACUAAUACUUAAUAAUGGUGAACCUGUGAUGGGGGAAUUAACAAAGAUUAAAAUGAAUUUUGUGAAAUUCCCACGUCUCCGUAAAUCGCCAUAUGGAAUUGUCUAUGGAAUAUCAACACAGGAUAUAUUAAUAAAGGAGUCAUACUUGCAGAUGAUUGAAAAGAUUGAAUACGAUCGUACUCUUCAUGAAAAAAGAGGUUGUAUCAUAAUUGGAUCACCUGGCAUUGGAAAAACACACUUUUCGCUAUAUUUAGCUUUUUAUUUGGUUCGUCGAUAUUCCCCAGCAGAUAUAAUCUAUGAGCAGUUAUUCCAAGGUUAUUCCCGUGCCCUUCAUGUCAAACCAAAUAUAAGUGUAAUGAAAAUUCUUGAUCUAACACGUGAAUUACCACAAGAUAGUUUUUAUAUUGCUGAUUUUGUAAUUCCCGCUCCAUGGAAAAUGAUAUUCACGUUUCUGGUUACGACGCCAAAAAGUGGUCGGUGGCAUGAAUUUGUAAAGGGGCGUGUUAGGAAAUAUUACGCACCAAUUUGGACUGAAGAAGAAAUUUGGACCGUUUGGAAUGUAAAGUAUAAGAAUGAAAUACCUGAGAGUCGAGUCAAAGAGUUGAUCACGCGAUGGGGAUGUAUACCACGACGAGUUUUUGAUGAAUAUGAUGAUGAACCGAAAGUUGAUGAUGUGGUCUCUCAAUGUGAUGCUUAUGUUUAUCUUAAAAAUGGUGGUGGAAACUUAGGUGAUAAUUAUUCCGAAAAAGCCAUACAUAUUAUUCCUAACUCUGAUUUUACAGAUAAAAUAUAUGUUCCCGCUUCAACAGAAAUAUGUGAGGCUUUAAGUGCUGGUGGUACAUUAGCUGGCAAAUUCUUUGAAAUGGUGGCACAUGAUAUCUUACGAAAAGGUGGCGAUUUCACGGUGCGACGCUUAACCAGAGAUAGUAUUAAACAACCCGAAGAAGAACUUCACCUUCAAAAUUUGCCACAUCAACAGUUUCAUAAUAUUGAUGAAAUAGUUCCAGGGUAUUAUAACAUUCCUGAAAAUACAAAUUUUGAAUCUGUUGACGCCAUUGCGCCUAAUCGUAAUGGAAUUCAUCAUUUAUAUCAAAUGACAAUAGCAGAAACACAUGAUAUAAAGGUAAACGGUCUUAAUAAAUUGGAAAAUAAUCUGAAAGAUUUACCAAUUCAUCUAUAUUUCGUUGUUCCAAAUAUAAACGAAAUGUUUGAUAAUUUUCGUUUCCAGAAGUAUGUUACAUCAGGAAACAGAAUAUUCAGGAUGGCAUUUAACACUUACUGA